AUGACACCCGAGGCUAGUCGGAUGGCCCUCGAUUACUUCAGGGAUAGUUAUUUCGAUUCGGUGGAGGAGGCGUACGAGACGGCUCACGAUUACAUGACCGAGUGCUUGGAGGAGCUUAUGCCGCCUGUAAGUCCGAGUGCAUCUCUGAAUCCGUCGCGUCAAAGCAUCAAUCCGUCAACGCACUCUUGUGCACAGUUGCCUCCCAUUCGUCUGCCACCAUUCGACGGCAGUUACGAUCAAUGGGAGCAGUUUCGCGAUCGUUUCACGACUCUUAUUCUUCACAAUAAAGAUAUUUCUGAUUUUGUUCGCAUGCAUUAUUUAACGUCCUGCGUAACAGGACGUGCGCUCGAGUGCAUUGGGAAUAUCCCCGUCACUGCGGACAAUUUUGUAAUCGCCUGGGACGCGUUGGUUGCCCGGUUCGAGAACAAGCGUCGGUUGCUCAGGCACAUCUCCGCGUUACUUAUGUUAUCUGCGAUACCUCGAGAGUCGGCAUAUGAUCUGCAAGCUCUGUGCGAUCAAAUUAAUAUUACCGUGGCAUCAUUAAAUUCGCUGCACCGUACUCCGGAAAAACUCUGGAACGACAUACUUGUGCAUGUCAUUGUUCAAUGA